AUGGUCCCGUGGAUUGGCAAAUGGUUCUCUUACCCAAAUGAAUUCAAAAAAGCAUUUGCAGCCAAUAGGGAACAACAGAGGAAAUUGGUGAGUCAUUUGAAAGAAACUCUCGAUCCAAAGAUGUGCAGAGGAUUUGUGGAUGCCUUUUGGAUUCACCAAGACAAUUUGGAGAAAUCUGGAAUUACCACCAGUCAUUUCCACAAUGAAAACCUCUUGAUAACAAUAAUGAAUUUAUUUGUUGCUGGCACUGAAACAUCAGCACGCACAGUCACAUGGGGACUUUUUCUUAUGGCCAAGUAUCCAAAGAUACAGGAGAAGGUCCGGGAGGAGCUAAGUAGUGUAGUGGGAAAUCGUCAGGUUCAGUUUAAAGACAGGACAGAGCUGCCUUUCACCAAUGCUGUCAUCCAUGAGACACAGAGGCUAACAGCUGUUGCUGCCCUGGGGCUUCCUCACAGAACUUCACAGGACAUUACCUUUAGAGGUCACUUCAUUAAGAAGGGGACAGCUGUGUAUCCUUUCCUGUUUUCUGUUCUGUCUGAUGAGAGUAAAUGGGAGAAACCGUACACUUUUUAUCCGGAACACUUCCUGGACAAAGAUGGAAAGUUUAUCCAGCGUGAUGCCUUCAUGGUUUUUUCUGCAGGUCGCAGGGUUUGUCCCGGAGCAAAUCUGGCCAGAACGGAAGUCUUCAUCUUCUUCACCACCCUUCUGCAGCACUUCCGAAUUACUUUUCCACCUGGAGUUUCAGAGGAUGAACUGCUUCUAUCACCAUCUGAUAGUCUCAUCCUUAACCCUUCAAAUGUUAAACUGUGUGCUGUCCCCUUGUGA